GCACACAAAAAAUGGGGUAGACUUUCCUAUAUAUAUCGAACUCUUUCCAUAUCAACAACCCAAUUCAUACUCUUCAAACUCUCUCUUCUCCUAACUUCUUACUACACAACCAAUUCUUGAACUUCUUCUUCCUUCUAAUUUUCCUUUCUCAUCAAACAAAACAACACAAAAAGAAAAAGAAAAAAAUGGAAGGUAGUAGCAGCAUAGAUCAAGAGAGCACAACCAGUGACACUCUCUCCAUUGCUCCGGCGACAUCAUCGUCAACGACUUUACCGGUGACGAUGAAUAAGUCGCCGGAAAGUCUUUGCCGGAUGGGAAGUGGAACAAGUGUGAUAAUUGAUGCUGAAAAUGGUGUUGAGGCUGAAUCAAGAAAGCUCCCAUCUUCAAGGUACAAAGGUGUGGUCCCACAACCAAAUGGUCGCUGGGGUGCACAAAUCUAUGAGAAGCACCAAAGGGUUUGGUUAGGCACAUUCAACGAGGAAAAUGAAGCAGCAAGGGCUUAUGACGUCGCGGCCCAGAGGUUCAGGGGCCGCGAUGCUGUAACUAAUUUCAAGCCCUUGCUUGAAAAUCAAGAAAGCGAUGACGUGGAGAUUGCUUUCUUGAACUCGCAUUCCAAGGCGGAAAUCGUUGACAUGCUACGUAAACACACGUAUAUUGAUGAACUUGAACAAAGCAAGAAAUUAUUUGGAUUGACUAAAGAUGGUAUGAUAAAAGGAAAAGAUGGACUUUUUAGUAUGAGUUCAUUUUUUGGUAACAAUAUUGACAAAGUCAACAACAAAGCGCGUGAACAGCUAUUUGAAAAAGCUGUUACACCAAGUGAUGUUGGGAAACUCAAUAGGCUUGUGAUUCCAAAACAACAUGCUGAGAAACAUUUUCCAUUGCAAAAUGGAAAUACUUCAAAAGGGGUUCUGUUGAAUUUUGAAGAUUUGAAUGGGAAAGUUUGGAGGUUUAGAUAUUCCUACUGGAAUAGUAGCCAAAGUUACGUUUUAACAAAAGGGUGGAGUCGCUUUGUUAAGGAGAAAAACUUGAAGGCGGGCGAUAUUGUGAGUUUCCAGCUAUCCACGAGCGGAGAUAAGCAAUUGUACAUUGAUUUCAAGGCAAGAAAUGUGGCCCCCACAAGUGCAGUCGUUAUUAAUCAAGUUCAAGUUCCACAAGUAGAGAUGGUGAGAUUAUUCGGAGUUAAUAUAUGCAAGGUACCAACAACUAUAAGCAAUGUUAUUGUUACUGAUAAUAAUAACACCAAUAACAAUAAUAUGACUAGUUGCGGUGGGGGCAAAAGGAGGAUGGAGAUGGAAUUGUUGACAUUUGAGUCAUGUAGGAAGAAACAAAGGGUCAUUAUUGAUGCCUUGUAACAUGAUGUAGUUGUAGUAGUAACUUUUCCCUUUUUGUAAUCUUUUUUCACUUUUUUUUGUACUUUUUCAAUUUUUUUUUUUUUUUUUUUUUUUUAGAAGUUGCAAGUUGCAAAAAACUUCCAAUUGUAUAUUAGUAUUAGAGAAGAAGAGAUGGCUCAAAAGUGAGCUAUCUUAGGUGAAAUGAAAAACAAAGAAGGAAAUGAAAAACAAGAAAUGUGAGUCUCUUCUUUUCAA